CGGUGAAUAAUAAUUUAUAUGUGUAUACGCUGGUUAAUAUCAUAUAAUAACAUACUUUUGUUUGCAUAGUUUGCAAAUUAGGCGUGCCUGACUGGCGUAGUCUUGACCUGUCACACGAAAAAUGCGUGUUGUCAUGGGCAGAGUCAGUGAACUAAAGCGUACAGUAUGUAGCAUUUUUGGGUGUAGCGCAAUCGCUGCUAUCUUUUGAACCAUAACAUAACAACACCCAGAGCAAAGCAAGUUGAAAUACGUUCGGUGGCUAAACUACGGCAGGUGCGAUGCCUUAGAUAUCUGCCUAAUUAUGGAGAAUCCUGCAAGCACGAUCGUUUUCAGCGAUUUAAUCUUUUGGAAGCACGCGCUUCCAAACAUCGAUGCUGAAAUCGCAUUCAAUGGCAUCUCAGCCAAUAGUGAAACCUCCAGUGUCGCAGCAGCGUGUGAUGAACCAGCCGUGGUUGCCAUGGUAACCAGCUCAUUUUCCGCUACUGCUGCACCGGAAAAUCCAUCCGUGUCAGAGUUGGCGGCGCAUGGCAGCAGGCUGCGCUGUGAUGAAGAAUUCGCCGAUAGAUUAACGUCAAGUGCUGAGUCGGAAUUGACAGUAAAGCCUUGGAGGCAGAACGAGAGCAUAGACCAUUCAUAUUCAGACACUAAGGAAUACUCGUGUGCCGAUCGAACUAGUAACAGAGCAGAUCGCAAGCCCACGGACCACCACCGGGCUAUCCUGUGUGGAAAUGAGCUGCUUUUAGAAUUCACUGCCUCAGUGACAGCAGCAUCUGUGUUAGGAAUCAAUGGCAGCAUCGAAGAUGGACAAGCGUGUGCCGAAAUACAACGGCUAAGUGGACAUAAUGCAGCAGUAACAGAGCUCUCUCCGGCAUGUGAGCAGGAGAAACGUUUCCUGCUGGGAACGUGGGUGCAUCGGUCGGUGAACGAACAUUUCACUUCUGCGAUUGUCGACGAAGUACAGUCUGCGCGUCUGAGUUUGCGAAAUCUUCGAAUCUCAGCAGCUGACUCCGCUCAGCAUAGCAGCGAAACGUCUUCUCGCGGCGCCGGCGGAGACGGAAACCUCCGGGAGCCGUGCGGAGAAUUUCGCGAGCGCAGAAACUGUGGUAUCUCUCCGGAGAUCGCCGCUGAUCAACGUGACCCCCCUUCGAUAGCCGCACAUGUACUCACUAUGUCAGCCGAUGGCAACAACGAUACCAAACUUUCCGUAGACUGCCGCACGAACGGCGACGGCGACGUCGCUGCGACGACGACGGUCGGGCAAGAGUCGUGCGGCAGAGCAGAACCUGUGAGCAGCCUGCCCACCUCGCACGCGAGGCGAGUAAUUAGUUCGGGAAGUGACGGCGGCGGUGCGCGACGCGAUUACAAAGUGCGCGCCUCGGCAGGUGAAAGUUGCAGAGCGUCGGCAGAACCUGCUGAUACUGAUAGUGGGAGCUGUGUUGUGCGCGAGUGUGGGUUGUUAGGGCUGACGGGAGAUACAGGUGCGUCGUCAACGCUAACCAGAGAUACAGGUGUAUCGUCAACGCUAAAGGGAGAUACAGGUAUAUCGUCAACGCUAACCAGAGAUACAGUUGAUGCAGGUGUGUUGCCGGGGCUGAAGGGAGAUGCAGAGGAGAAAGCUGGGUGCGUCGCGCCCGACACGGCGCGUUGUGAUUCCGAUGUGACGUCGGCACGCGAAACGACAUCGACAGAACCGAUUUCAGGCGAGUGCUUGCUCAUCAAUGCAUUCGCCGCGAUGAAGAUCAAGGAGGAAGAAGACGGUUAUCGAACAACGAGCGAUCUGGGAAAGUCCGAGACCACCGCGCUGAAGAGCCGAAGUGGCGAUGAGAAUAAGUAUCGCGUUUCUACACGAAACGGCAAUAAUGCAAGUCAUCUAAGUGAACAAAUACAAAACGAGAUCAAUACGAACAGCGUAGCAGCGACCGGCGAAUGCGAAACCGGACGCGACGCAAUCGAACGCGUCUUAAAUAAAGACGCCGCAGAACACGCGAAUGGCUGUGCCGAUCAGGUACGUACGGUGGACGAAAAUACUCCCGGCUGCAUUGCACCGAACAAUGUGGGCACUGUACCGGACGACGUGGGUGUUGUACCGGACGACGCGCGCGCUGUACCGAACAACGCGGGCGCUGUACCGGACGACGUGGGCGCUGUACCGGACGACGCGGGCGCUGUACGCGCGACGGGAGAGGAAGGCCGCGAGCGACCGCGUGGCGGAAGAGAUGGGGACGCGCCGGGAGACACCGCGCGGGACAGCAUCGAUCACGCGAGUCUCAAAUUCUCAACGUGCUCGAACGACAGCCAGGCGUCGGACACCGGCGGAGAGGGCGGCGGAUACGGCAGCGCGAUUCCGUAUCGCAUUCUCCCGGCGUCGUCGCCGGACGACAGCUGCCUGUCGUUUCCGAGCUCGACGAGCAUCAGCCCGUGCGACGACGUCUUCUUCACGCCUGGCGUGCAGACACCGGAGACCGAGUUCCCGCACGCGGUGCUUGCCGCCACCACAGGGGGCGCCACCUGCUGCGCUGAUGCACUUGUGACCGCCCCCGCAGGAACGGCAGACGGCGUUCAGUCGGAAAUGUCGCCGGCGAAUGACGUGGUGCCGUUAGCGCUGUUAAAUGGUGGGUCGCCGACAGUGGGAGAGGCGGCGUUGCCAGCAGAAGUAAACAGCGUUUUACCGACAGUGGGAGAGGCGGCGUUGCCAGCAGAAGUAAACAGUAGGUCGCAGACUGUAGGAGAGGGGGCGCCACCGGUACUAGGGUCGCCAACGAAGGGCGUGCGCGUGACGGACUUGGACAGCGUCCAGCUACCGCUGCCGCUGGACAGCAAGCGGCGCCCCCUGGAGCAGCCCACAUCACGAGAACACGGUGCCACACAGCGCCCCCUGGAGCCGUCGUGGGGGGACGGCGACCAGCGCCCCCUGGAGCCGUCGUGGGGGGACGGUGACCAGCGCCCCCUGGAGCCGUCGUGGGGGGACGGCGACCAGCGCCCCCUGGAGCGGUCGGCGUCGCUGGAAGACAUGUCGGCGUCGGUGAGCGCGCGGGCCGUGCACGGCGACGACGGAGCGAGGUCACGCGGUGACAACGGCGGCGGCGCGAGGAAACCGAUAUUCUCGAUCACGCCGACGCGUCCGCAGACGCUGUCGCGUUUCACGACGGUGCCGGCGAAGCGGCGCGAGCGCGGGAGCGAGGCGGCGGCGGCGGUGGCGCCACCUAGCGACGUGCGUCUGGCGAGGACGCUGUCGCUGGACAAGGCGACGAUCGAGGAGCGAGUCGUGACGCCGAACUACGUUCCCGAGAAACUCGACUUUAAGCAGCUGGAAAAGUUCGAAGGUCAGAUGCUGCUCAACUGGCUGUGUUCAUCGUUCAGCGACGACCACUACGUAUGCAGCGCUCUCAACCGGCAGGAGCUGCGGCUGAUCGCUGCGCAGUUCUGCACACAUCUGAUGGCAGCGGGGAUCCUGCACGCCCUGGAGGGCCAGCAGCAGUCGACGAUAUUCAGGCCGGACGUGAUGUACACGUGGACGCGGUCAGCACAGCUGGCGGACAUUGGCGGCGGACCCGUGCCAAGAAAGCUGACCAUCGAGGGAAUGUGGCCGCCGCCGGUACCUUACGCCCCGAGUCAGACCAGCCUUAGGUACUCCGAAGCUGAACAUCAAAACGUGGUGAUGGAACUUAAGAAGGAUCACGCCCACGCAAUGGAACAGCUGCAGAAGGAGCAAGGCGUGUCGCUGUUCGCGCGCCAAACGGAGUUUGCCAGCAGCCGGUGCGAGUAUGAGAAUCAGCUGGCUGCACUGGAGCUGGAGCUAGAGAAAUACAAAAUACUUGCUGGCAUCGAAAAUCUGAGGGAGGAGAAGAGCCUAGAUGAAGCCAUCAGUAACCUCCAUACUGGAGUCGGUGUGAAGGCCAAGGUUGCGUCACUCACGGAGAAUGGCCACGCAACACCCAUCCCCGAGGAGGCCCACCACCACCUCCUCCCCCUCCCCCUCCUCCACUAG